AGCAUCCGGCGCGUUAGGAGGAGCGCGGCUUCCGCGGCCCCGUCCGCCAGCCGGGGGGGCAGGGGGAGAAGCAGGCUCGAUUAGCCAGAAUAGAGCCGCUAAGCGCGGCAGCAGCGGCCUGCACCGGGAGACGUGAACGUCAAGGAAUAAAGACAGAGACACGGCGGGAGAGUGCGCGCUGCUUCUCGCCGAAGCGUCUUCAGAAAGGUGAGAUGUCCAAGGCACUAGCAAACAAAAGCCAUGAAGCAGGCCCACAAGAGGAUUGUGAGGGCAGCUCCAGAAGGAGCAGGUGGGGGCUGUUUGUCACUGCUGGUGUUGGUGGGGCCUUGGUGACACUCUAUGCAGUGGUCACCCCCUUCGUGACCCCAGCUCUGAGGAAAGUAUGCCUGCCCUUCGUUCCUGCAACUUCCGCUCAGAUCCAGAAUGUGCUGAAAAUGUUAGAAAACAGAAGUGGCUCCCUAGUUGACAUUGGUAGCGGGGAUGGCCGUAUUGUGAUAGCAGCUGCAAAAAGAGGAUUCAAAGCUGUUGGUUAUGAGUUAAAUCCCUGGCUAGUCUGGUACUCCAGAUACCGUGCCUGGAGAGAUGGGGUGCAUAAGAACACCAGAUUUUAUAUUUCAGAUUUAUGGAAGGUUUCUUUUUCCCAUUAUACAAAUGUUGUUGUUUUUGGGGUACCUCAAAUGAUGCCACAGUUGGAGAAGAAGCUGGAAGAAGAAGUGGAAUGUAAUGCCAGAAUCAUUGCCUGUCGUUUUCCUUUCCCUUGUUGGAUCCCAGAUUGUACUGUUGGAGAGGGAAUAGACACUGUGUGGGCCUAUGAUUUGAAACAUUCUAGAGGAUGUGAAACAAAAAGCUUGGAAAUGACACCAGAGACAGAAUCCUAAACAUUUCAUUUGUUUUUGUACUGAAAUUUUUGGCUUUGACUUCACCUGUUAAAGAAAAAUGUGACUAGAGCUGCAGGAUAUGGAGAUACGUAUUCACUAAAAAACCUGAAGUACACUGGUUAUCUGAAAGCACACAAAGUUGAGUGAAAUAUGUAGUUAAAUGGCUUAAUGUAGUUAGUAAAAAUUGUGAGAAGGUUUUAUAGAAACAGAAAACUUUAAUAUGGAAAAUGUGAUAAAACGCAGUUCACUACUGUUAAAGGGAAUAUAUAUUUAAGUUAAAAUGCUCAAAUUGGCGAACUUAAUAUGUGCAUUCUUUCUGAGUCUACCUAGAAUUUGUUAUUGGUGUUGGAAGUGGAGUGCAAGUGGCUUCUCAGAUGAGCUGUGGUUCCCAAAUGUCUUCGUUAUGUAUGCCAAGUAGGCAUAAUGCUGCAUAUGUCAAACUGAUGCAGAUUGAGUAUGGUGAUGAUACCAGUGUUUUGCACCUCAGCUUUGAAUGUGUACUUUUUAAAGUGGAAUAUGACACAACAAGCAAAUGUAACAAGUUGCUUAUUCAUUAACACAAGUGCAGUCCUUGAUUAUAUUAAUGUAUUUUUAUGUAACUUGUUAUUUGAAGACAAAACUGCAGAAAUGUGCUCUUACUGAACAUUUAUUGGUAUAAGCCUUUGUAAAUUACCAUGAUUUUUCCGAACCUCUCUGAUUUAGGAAGGGUUUCAGAAGUCACCUGCUUGGCAGUGAAGUGUCAUCACUUCUGUGUGCUCAAACCUUGCAUGAGGAACUGCUUAAACAUGAGAUGUACAUUUUCAAAACACCUGAUCAGCUGCCACUGAAGCCUGUCUAAAAAGCCGACAGACCCUGUGAAACUCCUUAAUGCUGUAAUGUCUGCAGCUGUCCAUGCCAGAACUGGUUCACAUGAGCAGAAAUGUAUCUACCUUUUGCAUAAGCUUUCCUGAUUCUUGAUUUCUUGAUUGAAUAUGGAAGUGUGAGGAGAAGACACAAAAUGAAUGAUAAAAACUUGAGGAUCAAUAUAAGUUCUGGGAGAGAAAAAUGUGAAUAUUGUGGGAUAUAGCCAAAAUCUAAGGGGCCUUUUCUCUUACUAUCACUGUUAACCCCUAAGGUUUGAUGCUGUCCCUUUUUUUUUACCCUCUAGGACUGCAUAGCUCUUCUUAAAAAUACACUGCUUUUUUUCUUUCCCAUUGUUUUUUCAAGCUUUUCAGAGUGUACACAAAUCAAAAUAAUAUAUAUUCACAUGUACCAUUCUCUACAUUGUUUACAGGGACCCUCAUCAUCUGUGUUCAUGUAUAUUUUAUUGCUGCUUACUAUUUUUUUAGCACACAUAGAAGCCAAAUUUAUACUCUGACUACCUGUAUGCUCAGUGCAUUAAUCAGAUUUGUGGGUUUGAUUAAUACAGUUAAGUUUUUCAAACACAGACCUCACACUGAAGCAAUUUUAAACAGAUUCUGAGCAGGAAUUGGCUAAGUAUUGGUCAUGAUGUGAAAAUACUAAUGUUACUUAGUGACAGGGAUGGUAGAGUUUCCUGCCAUUGAGGUACUUUUAAUUUCAGUUGUCAGUCUGAUAUGUCAAGCAAAUCCAGGGAAUGAAAGAGUAGUAGCAAAGCAGCACUGUUUUGUGGUAUUAAAAAAAAAUAAAAUUAUUGUCUAACAGUAUUAUCAGAGGCUGCCUUCUGGGUUCAUUUAAGUACUGUUAUUGUUCUGAUAAAGAGUAUGUUGGUGGAAGAAUAUGACUGGCUGAGCUAAUACAACUAGUGAGCAUCCUGAAGUGUUUAUUCUAUAGUACUUUCACAUAUUUUCUUUACCUUUUCUUCUUCACAUAUGCCCCCCCACUCCUCCCCCAAUAUAAUCUUUAGAGUGACAACAUUACAAAUUUGAACUGGAAACCACAUUUAUCACCCUUGGAAAUGAAAGAUUAGAAAAUGGCUUCUAAUAGGAAAAAAGUUGCCAGCUUCAGCAACUGGGUCUUAUUUACCAGAGCGAUUAAGUAUAAUGUAGGUCAGAUCCAGACUGAUUUAAUGAACAGUUUAAGUUUCUUAGAAGAAGAUAGCACUUCUUGUGAGUCUCUUGGACAUACAGUCUGAAUUAAGUUGUUUGCUUAUUCUAAUAAAAACGUUGAUCAAACAGCACUCGUAGGAUUAUUUGUCUACUGCACAAAAACUAGGUAAAAAAUUAGUGUCUAAGCACUUUCCAUGAAGAUGGAAAUGUGGAUGCUGGAUCUUUCAUAAGGCUUUGUCUAUAGCUGUUUUCUUCAUGUUUGUCUGCACUUUGUGUGAUUGUAAACAUCAGCUGAUUGCAAUGGGGAGUUUUGCCUGCUUGGGUGAUACUUACACAUGUAAGGACAAAGGACCAAUUGGAGGUUGAACCAUACUUUAAUUCCUUUCAGGAGAACUCAUCAAAAGUGAUCUUUUUCUCUGGUAUUGUUUUGGUUUGAAUCUGGUAAAAUUUUCAUUUCCACAGGUGAAACUAGAUCUUGCUUAUGAUUCAUUUAUCUUUCUAUUCUGUUGUAUGCAUGAAGAAUCUAUGUUGGCAAUAUAAAUCUCUUUACAAUGUGCAAAAUACACAUUGGAUAUCAUACUGGCCUUGAGAGCCCUUGUUAUUGUGGUGAGACAGUAUUCCCUCCUGGUGUUGAAUAUGCAGUCAUUCACUGUUUGAGCUUGCUGAGGGUUGUGAAUGAUGCAGCUUUCUUGUUAGGUCUAAGCAGUGCUGAACCCAAGCAUACUGGAGCUCAAGCUCCACAGCAGAUAACCCAAUCAAAAGUAUUGAGCUUCACUUUGCAUUUGUUGUUGUUAGCAACCUCCUCCUCCUCAAUCACUAUCCCCCACACAAAAUAAACAGUCCUGUGUCGUGUCCCACCCCCCGCACCCCUCAUCCAUCAGAAUGUGUUCUUUGGUUUUCAGCUGCUGGUGCAAAUGACCAUAUUGCUUUCCAGCUUUGUCUAUGCCAUGGGCCUAGUGAGGCCUUCAGAGCUUAUGUUUCCGUGUAAGCAGGCUCAAUUUUUAGUUUCAACUGUCUCAGUCAAGGUUCUGCCUCAGAAAUCCUCAUAGUCUCUGAAGGCAACGAAACAAGCAGGCUCUGGGUGCUGAAGACAUUCUUAAGCUUUCUGUCUUAGCAUGGUGAGACACAGUAUCAACAUUUUUGUCAAGUUUUUAUAAAGACUACUUUAGUGCUGCUGAAUUUGAUCUCUGCCCCAAUUUAGGAAGUCUGCAAAGCAGAGGAUAAAUUCACUCCAUUUUUCCCUCUGACUAACAGUAGUAUAACAUUGUUCUUCAUUUUUACACUGCUGUUUCUUUCUAGUACAGCCUAAUCAUAAACUUUCCUUCACUGGAAGGAAAGUCCUAACACCAGAGUCCUCAAUCUCCAUCAAAAACUUAAGAGAAAGGCUCUUUAAUUGAGGGGCUUCCCCUUUGGAAAGUCUCAGCAGCACAAAGAUCCUGUACCAGUAGAGAUGGGAAGGCUUUCUCUCAAAUUCCUGUUGCUGAUACAGAUACUAUUUGUCGGGACCAUUAUUAGGAACAGCUUGCUUUUCCACCAAGACUUGGUAUAAUUACUUACAGCUUAAGGUUAGUUUAAGGGGCUUGGUACUGGGUCUGGUACAGAAGCUUGGAGUAGCAGGAAUCCCAGUCUUGUUGCCUUUUUGGAGAAUGUAAAAAA